GGUAAGAAGUACCACUUAAAUCCAAGUGCUCUGUGUAUUACUUCUGGGAGAACUACUAAAACUGAGCACAGAUACACUUAUGAAAAAUUAAAGUCUCCUCACAGACUCAUACAAGCCUUAAAACCCAUAAGGGAAAGGCAUAAUAUAGUAGAAAUUUGUGGCUUUUUAGGCAAAACAUAACUUCAGGAUCUCAAAAUCUGUAUCUAUAAAAUAGGUAAAAAUUUCAGUAUUUAAACUGUUACACAAAUAUUUACAGAGAAAUGCUUUGGAAGAACUUUAAUCUGAACACCAUAAGUUAAUAUUGUCAUUUACUAAAAACACUCCUACCCCACCAAAAAAAAAAAACCACAACCCAAAGAACCUGCUUGUGAAAUAAAAAAAAGAAACCAAAAGAACCUGCUUGUGAAAUAAUGCAAGUCAACAGACUGUAGAGAAGUUUUAGUCGCCUUUUUAAAAAUAAGUAAUCACGUGACAGCAUUUGGAAACAAAAUAGUCACUGUAGUUUUGAAAACAGACUGCUGAUGAAAGGACAAAAGGAAGCCUUGCGUUUGGACCUGUAAUGAAAACACCGGUGUAUGCCUUACUUGCAGGGUUGUCUUUAGUCUCCGCUUUCAUUUGCGUAUGGAGUUACAUGUAACAGGUAUCAGUCCAUAUAUCUGUUCUUUUUGAUUUAAUUCUGCCCUUUUUUUCUCCAAGUAAAUCAGUUUUAUUCUCUGCUCCAAGCAAAAGAUUAUAGCUCUAAAGUUGUAUAGCACACUCCAUGUUGCAGAAGUUGUAUUCUGGUUCCCUUUCUAUGCGACAUUUGGAUCUCUAGUAAACUGCUUGUGGUGGGAAGAACAAGGGUUAGGUGCUGGGCAUUUGCUCCUCAGCCUUUGUUUCUCUGAGGUUCAGGUGUCAUUCUCCCGUGAUCCUUGAGGACAGGAGAGCUUUUUAUUCCAAGGAGGCUUUAAUGCUAAACACACACACGCACACAAAAAAAAAAGGAAGGAAGCAUAAUCGUGUAACUCUUGUGCUCAGGGAAGAUCGUUGAGAGACGAGACGCAGUUGUAUGUCAUGUUACUUGCUGUUGUUGCAGUGGAGAUGGCAGCUGAGGUGGGCUUGCCAGAGGAGCAGUUCCUCGGUGUGUGACAAUUUGGACAGGAAUUUGGCCUGCGAGUAGUUGUGUUUGCUUGGAUUAAGAACUUCCUGUUGUCCCAGCCUGCGGCUGCAUGUUAAGUGAUGAGCAAGUGUGGUCUUUGCUAUAGCAGAUUUAAGUUUGUGUUGGUUUUCUUUUAAUAUAAGAACAAUGGGAAAGUCUUGUGAGUUGUCGGAGUGUUGCUGACAAAUGUUGAACAUACGAGUUUCUGUAUCUAGCUCUUGCCCAAAAUAAUGACAUUCUUGACCUUUCUAUUAAGACAUGUCCAUAAGAUGUUACAACUUUGGUUUCAGCAGAUACUUAGGAGGGGAAAAUAAGAACAUAAUUACUAAGGAAACUUACUUUGCUUUAUGUGGUUUUAUUGAUUUUUCUUUAAUACUAAUCUAAAUCUAAAUACUAAUACUAAAUCUAAAAAAAAAAAAUCCCUUCAUCAUAAGCCUCUGUUCACAGAUGUUUUGUCUUUGGAAAUUUACAUUGCUUUUGAAGUAAGGUGAAGCAUUAGUAUAAUGAGACUGUAUCUAAUGAAAGUAGGUUCUAUUAACCAGUUAUUUAAAAUAGUAAUGACUUCUGUAGUUGUUUGUACUGCAACUGGUUUUAAUCUUUGAGAGAGCUGCCCGUAGCAGGAUCUUUCUGAUUGAUGUAGAAUAUUUCUGAUUAAUAGUUAAGGUCCUUUAUGAUACAGAAAGGGAAAAACUGGUUUUCUUCCUUCUGUGUGUAUAUUAAAGAAGGAAAAGAAAGCCUGUAUGAUUCUAACCCACCUGAAAAAACUUGUUUCUAAGGAGUCAGAGAGAUUGGACCAACUGAUUUCCCACUCUAGGUGAGUGUGCUUACAGUGAAUGUCAGCAUCUUGAAAUGAGUGUGUGAAAUAUCUUCCAACACUGUUUGCUUGAUGAGGUUAGUUUUAAUUAUUUAUGACAGCCACUCUUGAAAAUACGCUCAAGAUGUAUGUAGUGUUGGAUCAGACUACAGUAUUAUCUUUGGAAAAAAGUGGGUAAGCACAGUUUCAUAAAUCAUGGCUAUAUUGGUAAUUUUGUACUGAGUAGACAACCUUCAUGAUGAAAUAGCUCAAAGUCUACAAUCUAAGGUAUGUAAUAGAGACUGCACAUAAUAGAGCUAAAAAACAUCUGCGUGUAGCAUAAUGUUAGAAGAAAAAAGGCAGGUUUUUUGGAUAUUUAUUUUAUUUUCAAUUUCAGUCUCUCAUCAGCUUCUGAAAAUUGGUGAUAAUAAAGCAUAACGCCCAUGUUGUUAAAGGAGCUUCUGAUAAACUACAGUAGCUUCUUGUUGGCCACUGUCUAUUUGAGCAAUAAUUGAAUGGCUUAUUGAUCAUAUUUCCUCCCCGUAUGGUUAUACAUUUUUUUGGAGGUGAGGUAAUUUUGGCUAGAUACUUGUUUUGUGGAUUUGGUCGUUCAGAUAGCUAUCAGCUGUCUUAAGGGCUUAAGUGUAAUAUCAGUGCAGGGGAAGAUGGGGGAUUUAAAUCGUUGUGAUUAUGCUGGUAUAACUCAGCCUAGCGAGUUCUCUUAUUACAUAUAAAAAGCCUUUUUCCAGCAGUUUCAUAAGAAGUAAUUUGAGAGUAUAUUAAAAAAAUAAAAGAAGCCCUCUGAAACCAAGAGUGCUGUUCUAGAAGAAAAAUGGGUUGUUUUGCACUUAUGCUUGUAUACUGAAAUGGGUUUAAUUACACUGACUUGAACUGUUCUGUGUAAACAGAUUGUGACUUCAUUACCUUGAUCCUGAAAGAAAGAAGAAGAAGAAAAAAAAAAAGCAGUUGCCAUGGAUGGAAAGAUCCCUUGCAGUUGGCAGUAAAUCAGGCUACAAAUUCUUCUCUCUUUCUUCUGUGGACAAAUUAGAGCAGAUCUAUGAAUGCACUGACACAGAAGAUGUGUGCAUUGUGGAGAGGCUGUUCUCCAGUAGUCUGGUGGCCAUAGUAAGCCUUAAAGCUCCACGCAAGCUGAAAGUUUGUCACUUUAAGAAGGGGACAGAGAUUUGCAACUACAGUUACUCCAACACCAUCUUGGCUGUCAAACUCAAUAGACAGAGGCUGAUAGUAUGUCUGGAAGAGUCUCUCUAUAUACACAACAUAAGAGACAUGAAGGUAUUACAUACAAUCAGGGAGACGCCUCCCAAUCCUGCAGGGUUGUGUGCUUUAUCGAUAAACAAUGAUAACUGCUACCUGGCCUAUCCAGGAAGUGCAACUAUUGGAGAAGUACAGGUCUUUGACACCAUCAAUCUGAGAGCUGCUAAUAUGAUCCCAGCUCAUGAUAGUCCCUUGGCUGCUUUGGCAUUUGAUGCAAGUGGUACUAAACUUGCCACUGCAUCAGAAAAGGGGACAGUAAUAAGAGUGUUUUCCAUUCCAGAGGGACAGAAACUAUUUGAAUUCCGAAGGGGAGUGAAGAGGUGUGUGAGCAUCUGUUCAUUGGCUUUCAGCAUGGAUGGCAUGUUUCUGUCUGCAUCCAGUAACACAGAGACGGUGCAUAUCUUCAAACUUGAGACUGUGAAAGAAAAACCUCAGGAAGAGCCUACAACCUGGACAGGUUACUUCGGAAAAGUGCUGAUGGCUUCAACAAGCUAUCUGCCCUCUCAAGUAACAGAAAUGUUCAACCAGGGUAGAGCAUUUGCUACAGUCCGCCUGCCUUUCUGUGGGCACAAAAACAUCUGUGCACUUGCCACAAUCCAGAAAAUCCCUCGUUUAUUGGUGGGAGCUGCUGAUGGGUAUCUCUAUAUGUACAACCUAGACCCCCAAGAAGGAGGAGAGUGCACACUAAUGAAGCAGCACAAGCUCGAUGGCAGUAUGGAGCCAGCCAACGAAAUUUUAGAGUCUGCAUCCCAUGACCGGCCGUUGGUAGCGCAGGCAUACAGUGCUGCUGUGACUAAAGGUACAUAUGUGCCUUCCUCACCCACAAGGCAUGCCUAUACUGAUGACCUGGGUGCUGUGGGUGGAGCUUGCCUGGAAGAUGAAACCAACUCCCUUAGAUUGGAUGAAGACAGUGAGCAUCCCCCCAUGAUCCUUCGGACAGACUAAACUUUGACCUGUGAACUCACUCCUGAAGCAGAGAACACUGGCUUGAUGUUUCUUGAGGAAUCUCGUGUUAUGCUGCUAUGAACUUUGACAUGAGUUGGGAGAGAGGAUGACAGACUCUUACAGUUUUAAGUCAUAGCUGUAGUCCUAAUUCUAUACAAUUGGAAAAAUAUAUGGUUUUCAAUUCAGUGGCUUUUAAUCUUGCUUAUCUAUUUUAGCUGUGUUUAUAUUUUUGUUGCCAAAACCUGCUGUUUGUGCAGCCCUCGGAGCCUACUAGCUUUGCAUGCGUUCAUGUGCCAAGCAAGCAUAGGAGGGGGAGAGAGAGAAGCCACUUUAUAACAAACUCAAGUUUGUAUUUUUUUUAUAUAUGUAUAUAAUAUUUAGCUUAUAUAAGGAAGGAGUAGAGAAGUGGUUCUGGAAGCUGAGACAAGUUCUGCACUGACAAAGGUCCAAAUGGUUUCCUGUGCAUGGGCUUGCAGGCAUACCUAGUGACUGACAUGCAACCUUUCAAAUGCAAUGGCCUGUUUUUUUGGGUUCUCCCUUCCCUUUCCUGGACCAUUUUGUUAAUUAAAAUUCCUUCUGAAUGUUG